AUGCCACCCCAAGCCGGCGUCAAAGCGGGCGCCAUCAGCGUCCGCGCCAGGGCAACCACCGAAAUCAAAGGCUUCUACCUCGGCGCUGGGUGUAUCCCAUUUCCUGGGCGUGCAGUUCGCGCUGCAGCUGUUGAUGGCGUCGUCGACGCAACGGCAUAUGGGCCCGUUGCUCCCCAGCCAUCUGACGGCUCGCGCGGGACUCGACAGCACCUGUUUGCGGGUGCACCGGAGGCGAAUCCGGCGCAGGACGAGUUCGAGUGUCUUCGGCUGAAUGUCUACACGCCCGAGUCGGUGGUGUCUUCGAGCGCUGCCGCGACAGUGCCCGUCCUUGUCUGGAUCCAUGGAGGGGGGUGGGCGUUUAAGAAUGGGAAUACGGACUACUAUGGGAAGCCGAUUGUCUUCGUCUCCAUCAACUACCGCCUGGGAUUCCUCGGCUUCAGCUCAUCCGCAGAGCUGGCCGAGGAAGCCGCAGCGCAUGGCGAAGACGGCUGGGCGAACCAGGGACUCCACGACCAGCGCCUGGCGCUGCAAUGGGUAAACAAGCACACCCACCUCUUCGGCGACGACGCAUCGCGCGUCACAAUCGCCGGCGAAUCCGCGGGCGCCUGGUCCGUCCAGGCCCAUCUCCGCUCCAACCAGCCCCUCUGCCAACGAGGCCUCAUGCAAUCCACCCCAUCAUGGUCGAUACUCGCGCCCGACGAAGCACAAGCCAGAUUCAACGAGGUCGUCGCGCGCGCCGGCGUGCCGGCCUCCGCACCGGGCGCGCAGAAACUCGCCGCGCUCCGCGCAGCCUCCACGGAGGACCUGAUGGCGUGGAACAGCCCCGUCACGUCUCCGGCGUGGGAUGCGCAAUUCUCCGUCGGGCUGGGGCGGUCGCGCGCAUGUGCGCCGCUCGACACCCUGCGCGAGACGCUGCCGUUCGCGCCGGACGCUGUGGUGCACACGCUACGCUGGGCCUUGGCCCUGCCGUCUGACCCGGCGUUUGCGGGCGAUGUGAUGGCCGCGUAUGGUGUUGAGGAUGCGCCGUCCGAUGCAGCGGCCGUGCAGGCGUUCGUGGCCAUUCUGGCGGACGCGUGCUUCUCCGCCGUCCCUUGGAACCUUGCGGCUCGCGGGAUUGACACCGAGGCGACGACGUACCCGCCCGUGUAUGUGUACCGCUUUGACCAGCCCGAUGUCGAGGAAGGCAGUGAGCUCGAGGGGUAG